AUGGAACAGAGUAUAACUAUUCAAAAUACUACGAAAGUUCCCUGUCAAGUUAAAACGAAAGUUAGAUAUUAUGACUAUUUUACUUCGAACAAAAUAAAAAACACUUACGAAGAUAAUAUAGAAAUUACAUCGAAAAAAUGUUGUGCAAUAUGGAUAGAAAGAGAUGACGAGAUUUUGUACGGUCGGGAUGAAUUCAAAGUGUCCAUAUGGGUGUUGGCCACGACUUGGGGUCGGUAUGAAGACGUGGUGACUAUUGAAUUACACGUAGGACUCGAUAUUCUACCGGCCAUCCACAUACCACUCAUCAUCAAUGCCAUUACGUUCCCUAUAGAAUUCCCUUUAGCUAAAGACGUUCACAAACCAACCAUCAACUUUAGCCUUUACUCGAUGGAAUCGGAAAAUCGAUUAGAAAUAUUGAAUAAUAGUGAAAUUCCGGUCAAAAUAUCUUGGCGCAUAUAUAAUAAAAGUAAAGAAAAUAAACCGUUUGGAGUAUUAAUUGAUACAUUAACUCCCGACCAUCCAGACCAUUGGUCUGUCAGAAUCACCAAUUAUGAUGGUUUAGAAAAUCCUCGGUAUUUUAAAAUUGAACCUAUUAUAUUGAAAUUAGAACCAAAGACCUUAGGAUAUGUGACAUUUUCAUUAGAUCGGGCUAAAGAAAUAUCCAUAAACCGUGAUGAAAAUAAUAUAGUAAAUGGAAAAGCAGUUGGAAUAGUGACUGCUCUUGAACCAGCUGGAGAAUAUUGUAUAAGAAAAGAUGGAUUUAAAAUGAAAUCAGCUGUUGUUAAUCUUUAUUCGGAAACUAGGCAUUCGAUUCAACCAAACUUAGUCAUACGAGAGUUGGAUAAUAUUUUCCAAGUGUCAGCAUCGCAAAUGUAUAACUCCCGAUCACAAUAUUAUACGGUAAGUCGAUUGUUUACCAUGUGCAAUCACUUACGAUAUCCUGAAAACAUUUCGUUCAAAAUCAGUAGCCCGUUCAUCAUAAAAAGUUUGAGAACAUUGAGAUGUGGUAUUCGUCCCGGAAAAGAUACUAUUUAUUUGUUUCAUCAGGAUUUGAUCGAAAUCGAACUGCAAGCUUCUAUAGAUAUUAAACAAGUCUAUAUACCAAAAAUGUCUACAACACUAUCGCCUAGAAAAUUCGAAAAAAUAGGAUAUUUAAGCGCUGUUUAUGAAAAUAGUUAUUUUAAACCUAAGAUGGUUGCUACAUUCAAAAUUCACAUAUACUUCCCAGUACUAAAACUGUCAACGAACUACAUAAAUUUUGGUCAAGUGGUCGUAGAGGAAACUAAAAGCAUAAACGUGAUGUUAUCUUCUUAUUCAGGUCCUGAACGUUUUGUUACGCGCUCCGUUGACGAAGUAUUCACAAUAUCACCACCGGAUGCUGUCGUAUCAAAUAAGCCAAUUCCACUCAUAGUCUCGUUUAAACCCAAGUCUGAUAAACAAUACUUGACAAAGAUGGAAAUUUUGACAACAAUACCCAUGGAUGUAAUUUUUUUAGAAGUAUCUGGAUUAGGGAUAAAAUAA